AUGAGACUGACAUUUCAAACUUCGAUUUCUUUUCCCUCCUUUCAGUUAUGUCGUCUCAAACAACCCUCUCUGUUGCCACAAACUCCUUCUCCGGCGACGUAUCGGUUCUCUCCUGUCAACCCCAAAGCAUUCGAUAUUGCUUAUCCCAACGUCCUCGAGCCACCGCCGUCCACGCCCGACCACCCUUUUCUGUCCAAACGCCAUCUCUCUAAUAAUGUUGUAUCCGUCGACUGUGGCUGCCGAUCAAGAUCAUCAUGCUUCCAGAACAAUAAUGUUUCAUCGGAGUACGGCAACAAGAAGACAUCGACGGUGCCAGUGCCAGUGCCGGAGAAGUUGGAAGAAGAAAGCAAACUUCAUCAUCGCAUGUUAUACAACUCUCCUGUUUCGGAUGUUUCUGACGCCAGUGAUACGUGGCCUGUCAGGUUUCCUAGAGCUGAAAAGACGAAGAUGAAAGACAGAAAGAAGGAGAAGAAGAAAGCAAAGGUUAGGGCUUUCAGAAGCACCUCGUCGGUGGAGAAUGAUAAUUGGUUCAGUACCGAUGACAACGAAGAGACUGAAAGCCUUGUUUCUUCUUCGCGAAGCUUUGAGUCAUCCUACUGUUACGACUUUGUCUUCGGUAAUUCAUUGGAGGCCAUCAGUGAGGGUCCCGUCACCGACGCUAGAACGAAGACGACGAAGAAGAACCAGAAGGUUCGGACAGUACUGAACCAUACCGAGGAAACAGGGAAGGCGGCAGCAAGUGGUUAUCCGGCGAAAACGUCGGUUUUGAGGUGGCUGGGGCCGUGCACGGUGGAAGGAAAGGUGAAGGAGAGCUUUGCGGUGGUGAAGAGGUCGGAGGAUCCGUAUGAAGAUUUCAAGAGGUCAAUGUUGGAGAUGAUAUUGGAGAAGCAGAUGUCUGAAACCAAGGAUUUGGAGCAGCUCUUGCUGUGCUUUCUCUCCUUGAACUCGCGGCACCAUCACGCCGCCAUCGUCGAUGCCUUUACGGAGAUUUGGGAGGCCUUGUUCUGUGACACUCCCUAGUCCCUAGCCUCGAGAGAGUUUUUCCAUGGAGGUCUUGUCAAGGAGGUUGAAGAAGAUGGUGCAGAAAAAAUAAAAAAUAAAAAUAAAGAUACAAUAUUGGAUUUCAUAUAUUGCUUAAUUAAUUAUUUACUCUGUCCGAUGUAUUCUGUAGAAAAUUAAGGAUUAUAAAAGAAGAUUUUUGCAAAAAUACUAC